UUUCAAAUCAAACUUUUUUUUUUCAGUCAAUACAAGGAGAAUCUUUUCUGUUUCCCGCGCCACCACAACCUGACGCACUUCCGUCAGAGCCACCGGUAGACAUUCAUUCAUCCUUGCCUUGUUGUCCUUUUCCACCCCCUCCCCUAACCCCCAUUUUCCUCCACUACCUGACCUCACUCUUUUACUUAGUUAGGGCUCCAUGGAUGAUCCAUCACCCGAUGACUACAAGAACCGCGACAGAACAGCUCUCUUUAUAAUAAUGGCCUUUGCCUCUUUCACCCUCGCUUUAUUGCUCCUUGCUUUCAGUUACUACUGCUAUAUACGCAACAAGCUUUCCAAUUUCUUGAAAACCCCCAAAGAAGGGACUGGCUCUGACGGUAAAGGCAAUAAUCAAUCAAAAACUCAAGUUGUUAUUGAGAAAGGACUUCAAAUCUUCACCUUUAAGCAGCUACUUUCAGCAACUGGCGGGUUUGGAAAAUCCAAUGUGAUUGGGCAGGGUGGGUUUGGGUCGGUUUACCGAGGCGUGCUUCAAGAUGGAAGAAAGAUAGCUGUGAAGCUGAUGGAUCAGGCUGGAAAACAGGGAGAAGAGGAAUUCAGAGUGGAGGUGGAAAUGCUGAGUAGGUUGCGUUCACCGUAUUUACUUGCUUUGAUUGGUUACUGCUCUGAGAGUCACCACAGGGUGUUGGUAUAUGAUUUUAUGGCUAAUGGUGGUCUCCAAGAACAUUUGUACCCAAUCAAAGGUUCUACUGCUCUUCCUUCAAAACUGGAGUGGGAAAUACGGUUGAGAAUAGCUUUAGAAGCAGCAAAAGGUUUGGAGUACCUGCAUGAACACGUUACGCCUCCAGUGAUUCACCGAGAUUUCAAGAGCAGCAACAUCCUUCUCGACAACAGUUUUCAUGCCAAAGUUUCUGAUAUCGGGUUGGCUAAGCUCGGGUCAUACAGAGCCGGUGGUCAUGUUUCCACUCGAGUAUUGGGCACCCAAGGAUACGUUGCACCUGAGUAUGCUCUCACUGGCCACCUGACUACAAAAUCAGACGUGUAUAGUUAUGGGGUUGUUCUUCUCGAGUUGCUCACUGGUCGAGUUCCUGUUGAUAUGAAAAGGCCCCCUGGAGAAGCUGUUCUUGUAUCUUGGGCUCUGCCCCGUCUGACAGAUAGAGAUAAAGUUAUUGAGAUUAUGGAUCCCACACUAGAAGGUCAAUAUACAAUGAAGGAAAUUGUCCAGGUGGCAGCAAUAGCAGCAAUGUGUGUUCAGUCAGAAGCAGAUUACAGGCCAUUAAUGGCAGAUGUUGUUCAAUCUUUAGUCCCUCUGGUGAAACAUCAAAGGUUGUCUUCUAAGGUAAGCAGCUGCUCUAGCUACAGCGCUACCCAGUCUCCUAGGCUCUAAGAAGUUUUCGGUUCGGUUGUUUAGCUAAUUCUAGGUGCGUAAAAUGACCAAUGUAGUUCUAUCAUGUCGCGAUCUGAGCACGUGCUUGUCUUUAGUUAAAUCUAUCUGGUUAUCUAACUCUGUGACUAACAACUUAAAAGACCAUUGCCAUAUUUGGGUUAAAGUUUUUAUGUCUAUUGUAAUCAUCAUGGACCAAGACAUAAAAAUGCUGCACUGAUAUUCCUAUUUCA